AUGAGCGACGAUUCAAUAAUGGACGACGACAUCUUCAACGUCGAAAGUGACGUUGAAGAUGGCUCGGACUUUGCCCCAGAGCCCGCGCCAAAGCCUAAGGCCAAGGCCGCGCCCAAGAAGGCGCCUGCUGCGAAAGCCGCCCCUAAGAAAACAACACAAACCACUCUCAAGGCCAAGCCUGCUGCCAAGAAGAAGGCAAAGGCUGACAGUGAAGAUGAAAUGUCCGACGUGCAGAUGUCCGAUGUCGAGUCCCUCUCUCAAACACCUCCCAAGGCUAAGAAGACCGCCGCCCCCAAGCGAGCUGGCUCAAAGCCUCUGGGUGAUGUCGAGAAUGAAUCUUUUGGGGGAGAGGGAGCUUCCGACGCCAAAAAAGGCACCAGCGUGUCUCAGAAGUACCAGAAACUUACCCAACUUGAGCACAUCCUCAAGCGUCCCGAUACCUAUAUCGGAUCUGUUGAAGCCAACACUCAGCAGAUGUGGGUUUACAACUCCGAAUCCGAGAUGAUGGAGUACCGUCCCGUCACCUUUGUCCCCGGUCUCUACAAGAUCUUCGAUGAGAUCGUGGUCAACGCCGCCGAUAACAGGCAGAACGACAGCAGCAUGAAUGAAAUUCGGAUUACUGUUGACCGCGAGGCCGGCGAGAUCAGUGUGUGGAACAAUGGUCGUGGUAUUCCCAUCGAGAUCCAUGAGAAGGAAGGCAUUUAUGUUCCGGAACUUAUUUUCGGUCAUCUACUCACCGGUUCCAAUUACGAUGAUACCCAGCAGAAGGUGACCGGUGGUCGAAAUGGUUUUGGUGCCAAACUUUGUAACGUGUUCUCUACUGAGUUUACGUUGGAAACUCAGGAUUCAAAUCAAAAAAAGAAGUACAAGCAGACAUGGACAGCGAAUAUGUCUAAGAUGGGCAAGGCGAAAAUUACAGAGGCCAAGGGUAAAGACUACACCCAAGUCACCUUCAAGCCUGACUUUAGCAAGUUUGGCAUGACUGGAAUCGACGAUGACCUGGAAGCCCUUGUGAAGCGUCGUGUCUACGAUUUGGCAGGAACAGCAGGAGUCAUUGUGAAACUCAAUGGUACACGCAUUCCCAUUCGUGAUUUCAAGAAGUACAUGGAAAUGUACACCAAGGCCAUUCGCAAAGAGCGAGGUGACGACAGCCCACCUGCCAAGGAUGAAAUUCUCACCUGUAAACCUGAUCCACGGUGGGAAAUUGGUUUUGCUGUCUCCGAUGGCGCUUUCCAGCAGGUUUCCUUUGUUAACUCGAUUGCUACAACAUCUGGAGGUUCGCAUGUCAACUACAUCUCCGAUCAGAUUUGCAAUCGACUGGCCGACCAAUUGAAGAAGAAGAACAAAGCUGGUGCGCAAUUGAAGGCCGCUCAAAUUAAGAAUCAUAUCUUCAUCUUUGUGAAUGCUCAGAUUGUCAACCCGGCCUUCACUUCUCAAACCAAAGAGCAAUUGACGACAAGACCAUCCCAAUUUGGUAGUAAAUGUGUUCUUGAAGAAGAUUUUUACAAGAAGGUUUUGAAGACAGAAGUCAUGUCCAACAUCAUGCAUUUUGCUGAACAAAAAGCCGAUCAAAUUCUGAAGAAGGGCGAGGCUGGUAAACGCUCUCGCAUGAACAAUCCCAAGCUUGUCGAUGCCAACAAAGCUGGUACUCGGGAUGGCCACCAUUGUACUCUCAUCUUGACUGAGGGUGACUCAGCUAAGGGUUUGGCCAUGGCUGGCCGUGCGGUCGUUGGACCAGAUCUUUUUGGUGUCUUUCCCCUCCGUGGAAAAUUGCUUAAUGUCCGGGAUGCGUCAUUUGACCAGAUUGCGAAAAAUGCGGAAAUCCAAAACAUCAAAAACUUUAUUGGCUUGCAACACAAGAAAGAAUACACCGAGACCAAGGGUCUUCGCUAUGGCCAUCUGAUGAUCAUGACCGAUCAGGAUCAUGACGGUAGUCACAUCAAGGGAUUGCUUAUAAACUUCCUUCAGGCGCAAUUCCCCAGUCUUCUGAAGAUCCCCGAGUUCCUUAUUGAAUUCAUCACUCCUAUCAUCAAGGUCUGGAAGGGUGACCCCAAGAAUCCUUCCAAAUCCAAGUCUUUCUUUACCAUGCCUGAGUACGAAAACUGGUUGGAGACACACAGAGAAGAGCGUGGAUGGGAACAUAAGUACUACAAGGGUCUGGGUACCAGUUCUACUGAAGAUGCACAGGUCUACUUCCGUGAUCUUGAUCGCCACUUGAAGGAAUUCCAUACCAUGAAGGAAGACGAGGCAGGGCUCAUCGAGUUGGCAUUCUCUAAAAAGAAGGCCGACGAGCGAAAGGAGUGGUUGCGCCAGUUUAAGCCUGGUACAUACCUCGAUCACAGCAUGUCCAAGAUCUCAUACACCGAUUUCAUCAACAAGGAACUCAUUCUUUUCAGUAUGGCGGACAACCAACGUUCAAUUCCUUCCGUGAUCGAUGGUCUGAAGCCCGGUCAGCGUAAGGUGUUGUAUGCCUGCUUCCGCAAAAACCUAAAGAAGGAUAUGAAGGUCGUCGAGCUAGCGGGUCUUGUUUCCGGAAUGACUGGUUAUCAUCAUGGUGAAACCUCUCUUCAGCAAACCAUUGUCGGUCUAGCACAGACAUUCGUUGGCUCAAAUAACAUCAACUGCCUCGAGCCCAGUGGUAACUUUGGUAGUCGUCUUCAAGGAGGUAGCGAUUGUGCUAGCGCUCGUUACAUCUACACUCGCUUGUCACCUUUUGCGCGAAAGGUCUUCAACCAGGCCGACGAGCCUUUGCUGACCUACAACGAGGAUGAUGGUAAGAGCAUUGAGCCCGAGGUCUACAUGCCUGUAGUCCCUAUGGUUCUUAUCAACGGUGCCGAUGGUAUUGGAACUGGUUGGAGUUCUUCCAUUCCAAACUACAAUCCUGAGGAUAUUGUGAACAACCUCAGAGCCUUAAUGAAGGGUGAAGAGACCAAACCCAUGGAGCCGUGGUUCCGUGGCUUUACCGGUGAAAUCGUCGCUGCGCCUGGAGAUCGAUUCAGGUUUAGCGGAAUAAUCCGAGAAUCCGGUGAUAAGGAAGUUGAAAUCACCGAACUCCCCAUCCGCACAUGGACCCAGGACUUCAAGGACAAGCUCGAAGAAAUCAUCAAGGCCGAGAAAACACCUUCUUUCAUCAAAGAUUACAGGGACUACAACACUCACAGCAAGGUCCACUUUGUAAUUCAGCUGGAUGAGAAAAACAUGAAGGGUGCGAUUUCGGAGGGCUUGGAAGAGAAAUUCAAGCUGUCGAAGACUCUUACAACUACCAACUUGGUGGCGUUUGACUCUGAAGGCCGCAUCACCAAGUAUGCCACUGUUGAUGACAUCCUCAAGGAGUUCUACGCUAUCCGCCUCAAGUACUACGAGCGUCGUAAGCAGCAUCAGCUUUCAGAGCUCCAGCGAGAGUUGGAGAAAUUGAGCAACCAAGCACGUUUCAUCCAGAUGAUCAUUGAUGGAAAGCUUGUCAUCUCUAAGAAGAAGAAGGCUGUCCUAAUCAACGAGCUCAGGGAGAAGGGAUUCAAGCCAUUCCCCAAGGUCUCUGACGCUUCCAAGAUGGGCGAGGACGAGCCUGUCGUUGAAGAGGCCGAGGAGGCUGAAGAUGUCGAGGUCUCAAAGCUGUCAAGCGCCUAUGACUACCUACUUGGCAUGUCCAUGUGGUCUCUUACCCAAGAGCGUGUCGAAAGACUCCGCCGCCAAGUUGGCGAUCGUGAGACCGAGAUUGACGCUUUAAUCAAGCUCUCCAAGGAGGAUAUCUGGACGAGGGACUUGGAUGACUUUAUUGCCGAGUGGCGUUUCCAGCUUGAAGAUGAAGAUCGCCGCCAGCGCAAGGCAAAUGCCCUGGAUCGCCGUGCCUCCACUAAGCUCGCAACUGCUGGAGGUCGCGGCAAGACCGCUGCUGCCCGUAAGCGCAAGGCAGCCGGCGAUGAUUCGGAUGAUGAAGACUUUGCAGCCCCCAAGUCUAAAAAGACAGCAGCUGCCAAGAAGAAGCCUGCGGCGCCCAAGACAAACAGUCUCGCCAAUUUCCUCAACAGUAAACCAGCCGCUAAGGUGACACCAACGCCCGGCGAUGGAAAUAUCGACUCAGAUGAUGACUUCGAUUUUGACAAAGAAAUCAUGCCAGCGAAGAGUCGUGGCGCAUCGGCAAAACCGAAGAAGGAGAAAGAUGUUGAUAUUAUGGACAUUGAUGAUGCACCAUUGACUACUUCUCGAGGCGCAUCGGCUCAGCCUGUUUCCAAGGUCGUCGAAUUGGAGGAUGAUGAAGAGGAGGAUGUGAAACCUGCUCUCAAAGCGAAGCCAGCUGCAAAGCGAGCACCAAAGGCCAAGCCGGCCCUUCAAGACUCGGAUGAUGACUUCCUGGAAAUUGCCAGCGAGGCUCCCAAGCCAGCUCCUACAUCUGCUCGCGCCCGCAAGCCUGCCAAAUACACCGCUCCUAGUGAUUCUGAGAGUGAUGAUGAAGACCUUGGCGAUGUCAGCCAAAUGGUGAAGGGCAUUGGUGGUGCUGAUUCAGAUUCGCGACAGCUUUUCUCCGAGCAGCGGUCUCGUGCCGGAAGCAGUGCCAGCUUGAUGGCCCCAACUAAGCAGACCAAGCUCAGCGACUUUGACGCGGAUGAGACUGAUUACAGCAAGCUUGUCCCUCAAAGUUCCCCCCGACGCUCUCUCCUAGUCAAGCCUAAGGAGGUUUCUCGAAUUGAAGACGAUGACGAAGUUGAGAUUGACGACGACGAUGAGGAGGAGGAGCCACCCGCCAAGCCUGCUGCUCGGAGUAGAGCGGCUCCCAAGGCUGCUGCGAAGCCCGCUGCUAAGGCGGCACCUGCAAUCAAAGCUGCGCCGCGUGCUCGGGGCAAGGCCGCCGCUGCCAAACCCGCUCCCCCAGCUUUGUCUCCUGCAGCCAAGGCAUAUGCCUCAAAGCAGGCGAAGGCCAAGAAGCAGAUAGUGGACGACGACUCCGAUGAUGACAUCGACGCCAUGGCCAACGAGAUCCUUGACUCCCCUGCUGGCAAGGUGAAUGAUGAUUCGGAUGAAGCGCCUGCACCCCGUCGUGCUGCUGCCCGCCCUGCCCGUCGUACGGCAACACAAGCAAAGAAGAGUUAUGCUCUAGCUCUCGACAGUGAUGACGAGGAUGAGGUGGAUGACUUUGAUGAGGAUGAGGACGAGAGUGAUUAA